AUGAAAUCGCUGCGGAAAUCCCUGAAUGCUCAUAAAGACAGCUCGUCGCACAUUUCUACACCGCUGCCGUCUCUCUCGAAGCCCACCAGUGCUAUUUUGCCGCCGAAGCGAGUUAUCAAGGCAUUGCAUUCGUAUAAAGCAAAUGCACCUCAAGAACUCUCAUUCGAGAAGGGGGAUUUUUUCCACGUCUUGAGUGAUGGCCGCAGCAAUGGUGACUGGUAUGAGGCCCACAAUCCGAUUACCGGUGCUCGCGGUCUCGUCCCGUGCCAUAUGUUCGAAGAAUUUCAGAAGGGAACAUCUACACCCCGCAUGUCUCCUGCGAUAAGUCACAGGCCGCUGUCUGCAGCAUCCAAACUUCCAGCCUACUAUGCUGUUGUCCUCCAUGACUUCGUCGCAGAGCGUAUGGACGAAUUAGAAGCCAAAGCCGGGGAUUAUAUAACCGUUGUUGCCCAGUCCAACAAGGAAUGGUUUGUCGCUAAGCCUAUCUCUCGCCUUGGGAGGCCUGGUCUCAUCCCAGUCACAUUCGUCGAGGUUCACGAUCCAGUAACAAAUCAACCCAUCGCGGAUAUAAUGGGACUUAUCGAAAGCGGUGCACUACCUAGAGUGGAGGAGUGGAAGCGUGCCGUGAUGAGCUACAAAGCGAAUAGCAUCGCGCUUGGCGUCUUGGAGGAUUCUCUGGCUGCCAAUAUCGCUAGGUCUCCAUCGACAGCGACAAAAGCGGACGUUCCUCCCGUUGUGGAAGACGCAGCUCUCACCUCUUCUCCUCAACCGCAGUAUGCAGACUCGACGACAGGAUAUGUCUCACAUCCCCCUUCCCCCAAGCAAUUGCAGGACGGCAUUCUCUUGUCCGCUGAUGUCACUUCGUUCCAUUUCGAGACGGACGAAUACUGGUUUCGCGUUCACGCAUUGUAUCAGCCAUACAAUCCAUCCCCUUCGUCUUCGCUGCCUCCAGCCAAGUCACUGGUGCUUUUCAGAUCUUACAAUGACUUCUACGACUUUCAGAUUGCCCUUCUCGACGCAUUCCCCACAGAAGCUGGCCGUUCGGACAGCAAGGCACGUAUUCUACCUUAUAUGCCCGGUCCCACAGAAAAGGUCAGCAAUGAGCUCAUGCAAGCGAGGUGUGGAGAGCUAGACGAAUAUAUACAUAAACUCUGCGAGUUGCAACAAUACGCGCGUUACAUUUUGGAGAAUAGGCUUGUCCGAGACUUCGUCGCUCUUCGACCUGGCGAUGCGGAGGUCGAAGUUCAGCCGUGUACGACAGAGGUCGAAGCCCUAUCUCAGUCUUCUUAUGCAAAUCAUGACGCAUAUGCACACGAUGAAGUGAGUCCUGGACAUGCCACGGAACGGCUUUCUCAGCCUCAGGUUUUGGAAGGCGUAAAUGGGCACGCCAGCGAUGGAUCUGACUACGGUGAGGGUGCGGCAGUGCUUGUCGACGAGCAGGACUCGUAUAGCCAUGCCUCAAACACUCAACGUGCCUCACACUCUACUCCCGAACCGAGCUACAAUACAACUCAGCCUCUGCGGCCCCGAUCACGAAACAACGGCCAUAGUCGUGUGCAGAGCAGUACAUCUAUCUACAGCCGCUCACCUCAAGCUUCUAGUAGCACACUGCAAAGCGAACAAUAUGCGAGCAGCCAUUCACGUUCAUCCAUCGCCUCAUCUCAGAAUAUGUCAAGGGUCUCCCAGACGGGUUCUGUUUCUACCUCUCGAACAUCUGCAUCUGGGCGUUCACGCUCACAAUCUAAUGCUACCUACAAUCCACCAAUCUCCGCCACCAAUCCCCAGGUAGCAUUCAACAAGAUCAAGAUUUACGAUCCGUUGGCGGAGGAGAUUUAUGCUAUUCGAGCUCAUCCAAAAGCCACGUUCGGCCAAUUGUUGGAAAAGGCCAGUCAGAGAGUCGGGCGACCUAUAAAGACACUGCAGUCACGCAGUCCAGAAACGAGCGAGUUCGUCAAUAUGCAGGACGAUGACGACUUAAAAACGUGGCUGGAGGACGAGAACCGGCACAACAUGCUGUACGCAGUGGGUUGA